AUGACCAUGGUCAAUCGCCCCGCAGUGGCGGACCCCCAAGACGACCUGAAAACGGUCGUCGACGCCCGGACCCGAGAGUGGCAUUUCCAUAUCUAUUUCUUGCUACAGUCGCCCACCGAGACGGCGGCAGCGCUCGCUCUUCGUGACGCCGUCCUCAGGCUACGCCGAGAUGGUGCAUUUGUUGCUGUCCCAUUGUUCAGGGUCAACGAGUACCCAAUUGGACCACAUCCUGCUGGAUCGUACGAGAUUUGGGUCCCCGAAUCGUCCUUUUCUGAUGUCUUCUUCUACCUGGCAUCCAAUCGAGGCAGCCUGAGCGUCCUCGUCCAUCCCCUCACUGCAAGUCAACGUCAAGAUCAUGAGUCUCGCCAAGCUUGGAUGGGCACACCAUGGCCGAUUUACCUAGAUGGCUUGCCGCGCGACGGCGAUGUUCCGCUUCAAUAUCCUGAACUGGGUCUUGGCUGGUCUACCUCGCCAGAGCAAGAGCUCUCCCUCGAGGAGAGGCGCAGAAGGGGCGCUCUAGUCGAGGCAUUAUUAGCCGAUGACCCGGAGGCUGCGCCGGCUCCUCAGCAUUGA